AGCUGGUCUUCAGCACAUCCGCCUGACCCGCUACUGUUUACAAAUCAGCAGACAGUCGGACACAGCAGAAUGAGGAGUCCUGCGUGAUCUGAACAGAGUAAUCUUUUUCUUCUGAGUCUUGGCUGAGGAGGAUCACAAGACUGUGCCAGUCAGGCUGGGUCGCGGCCAUGCAGCACCCCAAUUUCGAGACCCGCCACCCGCUCCAGACAGACGAGCAGCAGGAGACGGGCUUCGACCCGCUUAAUAAUUUCAACAAGAACCGCAGCAGAGGAUCUCUUGACAGCAGCACUUACUCACAGCCUCAGUCAACGUUCCUCUCAUACAGGAAAGAAUGGGACGACUUGUUCCUCAACAGUAAUUACCUGGCCAGGAUCCGGCAGGCAGGCAUCAACGGUCGACUGAGGAGCAGCCGCUUUCGGAGUGUGUGCUGGAAGUUGUACCUGGAGGCUCUUCCAGAAGACAAGGGUCAGUGGAUCAACAAGACCAAGGAGCUCCGGGGCCAGUAUGAGAAGAUCAAAGAGACGCACAUCACUAACCCACGCAAGGCUAAAGGCCAGCAGGACCUGGUGGUUAACAACCCGCUGUCCCAGGAUGAAGGGAGCCUGUGGAACAAGUUCUUCCAAGAUAAGGAGCUGAAGGGGAUGAUCAAACAGGACGUGUUAAGAACGUUCCCUGAAAUCCGUUACUUCCAGGAUGACGAUGUGAGGACCAAGCUGACGGACAUUCUCUUUUGUUAUGCCAGAGAAAAUGAGCAGUUAUUGUAUAAACAGGGGAUGCACGAGUUGCUGGCCCCCAUAGUGUUUGUGCUGCACUGUGACCAUCAAGCCUUUCAGCAUGCCAGCGAGACUGCCAGCCCCAGUGAGGAGAUGAAGUGUCUGUUGAACCCAGUGUACCUUGAGCACGACGCCUAUGCCAUGUUCUCGCAGCUGAUGGAGACAGCAGAGCCAUGGUUCUCCAGCUUUGAGAGGGAAGUGAGGAAGGGUAAGGAAGAGAUGCUGACCAGCAUCCCGUUCGCUCGGCCCCAGGACUCGGGGCCAUCCGUUGCCAUAGUGACCAAAGUCAACCGGAUCCAGGACCAGCUGGUGAAGAAGCAUGACGUUGAACUGCACAUGCACCUCAACCGGCUGGAGAUCGCCCCGCAAAUCUACGGCAUCCGGUGGGUACGUCUGCUGUUCGGCCGUGAGUUUCCGCUCCAGGAUCUGCUGGUGGUGUGGGACGCCCUGUUUGCAGACAGCAUCACUUUGGACCUGGUGGACUACAUCUUUGUGGCCAUGCUGCUCUACAUCCGAGACGCUCUCAUUGCUAGUAACUUCCAGACCUGCCUGGGCCUUCUAAUGCACUACCCUCCAUUAGGAGACAUUAACUCUCUGCUGCAAAAGGCCCUUUUCCUUCGAGAUCCCAAAAACAAUCCCCGACCUGUCAACUACCAGUUUCAGCAGAACCUGGAUUACUAUAAAACUAGGGGGGCCGACCUGAUGAACAAGACACGCUCUGGUCCCAGUACAAAAACAGCCCCCCUCAACAUCAACAAGGUCUCCAGCAGCCUGCUGAGCUUCGGCAGGAAGCUCAUCGCUCCAGCCAUUUCCAGCGGCUCCAGCGGCGUCUCGCCAAUCAACAGCGAGGUUCACUCCUCCACUUCCUCCUCCUCGUCAACCUCCCCCGCUUCAGCGCCUGCGCCCGCCCUCGCUCACCCGCUGACUGAACCGCCGUCAGGCCUCGCCCCACCACAGACCCAGAGCCACGCCCAGACUCAGCAUUACCGUCUGCUUAAGUCCGAGAGCAUGCCUGUCCACCUCAGCAAAGAUGUAGUUUCAGGUGGAGUGUCUCAGGUCUCUCUCCCAACCCAGAUUCAUACUGACACACAAGGCCAAAGCUCCAGGACCGUCAGCUCCUCUCCCAGCAUAGAAAGCCUCACUGGUGGGCGGGGUCAGUCCACCGCCUCCCCGCCUCUCCCCCCCUCCAGAGGAAGUGAUGUCAGCACUUCAUCUCCACCCCUCUCCGCCACCAAGAAGGAGUCUUUCUUCAACAUCACUCGCUCUCGUUCCCACAGCAAGACCAUGGGCAAGAAAGAGAUGCAGGAGGAGGACCUGGAAGCCCAGGUAUCGUUCCUGCAGGGUCAGAUUAACGACCUGGAGGCCAUGAGCAAAUACUGUGCCAAGAUGAUGAACAAUCACAUCUGUAAAAUCCAGGAAGUGAUUCUCCAGGAACACCUGGAGAAAGAGGAUGAGGUCCUGGUGUCACUCGCUGGACUCAAACAGAUCAAAGACAUCCUCAAGGGGGCGCUGCGCUUCAACCAAAGCCUGCUAGAGGCCGAGGAGAACGAAGAGAUCACCAUCGCUGACGAUCACUACACCUCCACAGCAGCUGCUGAAUCUGCUCUGGGCGCCAUCAUUCACCACAGUGACCACCAACAGCAAGGAGGCAAUGGGCGGAGCCGGGACUCUGAUCUGGACGGGAGCGUGAGCAUGGAUGAGAAAGAAGAGGAGGAGGAGGAGCAGCAGCCAAUGACCCCACCUGAGCAACAGGUGGCAUCUUCCCUCGGCUCCGAGGGUAAGAACUGGGACGACUACAUCCUCGUGUCCCAGGACGGAGACUUGCAGGCCGCCGACGGAGGAGGAGGAGGAGCAGGAGGAAGGGCUACAGCCGAGCGCACCCCUCCGAUCAGGCGAGGACGCGGCUUGGUGCGAAUGGAGCCCGAGGGUGCGGCUGGGACCUUCCAUGACCCUUUGAUGGCUGGCACCACCUCGGGCUCUUCUAGCCCAGAUGAGGGCUCCACCCACAGCAAGGACUCUGACUUUACUAUUGUCAACCCGAACGACCUGUGAACGCGCAAAUUAGCCCUCCUUCUCCUCCUCACAUACCUGUAUCAUAUCCCAUUCAGAAGAUGUGAUCCAAAAAGAAACUGACUUAGGAUCAGAGGGUGGAAUCCGCAGUAUUUGGUAGACACCUGCCAGAGCUGCUGUUGGCUUCAAAAAUUGCACAUGUGGACUGUGACACUUCCAGUCACAAACAUCUUAUAUUCUGUCUCUUUAUCUGUCAUCUGUGCCACUUGAGUCCUGUCUGAGCUAAUGCCGUAUGCUAUCUAAUCUACCUAAUGCCUGUCUCGUCAUUAUGUUGGAUCCCGUCACUCAUUAUAUUUAAUUGUAGCACCCUGCUCAACAGAGAGAGGGCGCCAUUGAACUUCUUACCCAGUCACUACAUGAUUACUGAAGAGUUGGACCUCAAAUUGCAGUUUCUUCAAAGGGGAGGACUCUCUCCUCUAGAGCUUACGGAGUGUUUUCUUCUGAAUGUGGAGAUCUGGCCAUACCUUCUGCCUGUGUUAUAUGUCUGUAUGUCUAUGCGCUGCCGCCCCCCCCGAGCAAGCUCUCUUCUCUGUUACUCAAAGGAAAGAAGGAUGAUGUGCUCAUGUCAGUAGUUGAGGGCAGCUUUCUCCCCCCUCUGGAACCAGUGCCUCUGACCGUUAUUCUUCUCUCAACCAAACAAAACCUAACUCUGUGAUCUUAAUCUUUUUGUUAGCUUUUUUUUUUUUUUUUUUAAUUUUUAAGAAAAUAUUUUUAACCCGUAGACCUUUAGUUUCCUGGAUACAAAUGAUUAAAUUAUGGAAUACAUCUCUUUUUUUCCUUCUUUGUUUUUAAAUUGAUUCCAACAUGGACAUUUUAAUGUGGUAAUUGACAGUUUUCAUUUCUCACAUUUACAACUGAGUUGUUCUGUGGAAACCAUGUAAAACAGCGUGCACAAAGAAUGUCCCUCUAGCUGCCCAUUCAGCAUAAUUAACUCAAGACCAAUAAAACUACAUCGCUCUUGCUA